UAAUGGUAUGUCAAAACACGUUUUAACACACUCUCUCUCAGAUAACCUCUUUCCCUCCGAUUGUUCCAAUUCCCAAAUUGUUUUUGUUAGGGUUUGCUCUUGUAGGCAAGGAGGGUGAGACGAAGCGUUCAAAAUUGGAGUGAUGGACUCUUCUUAUUGUGAAUCCAAUUUUAGCUUCGCUUUCAAUGAUAUGCAUUACUCCAACAGGCUUCUCCGAAUUGAGAUCAUUACCGACCCCGUUUAUUCCGAUAACUGUACUCGCCACCACCGUAAGAGGAAACGCCAAAACGAUAAUGAUGAUGAGACUUGUGUAAUCCCUUCUGAUGAUGAAGCUGCAAGCAGCCGUGCUUCAAACUGGAUGGUGGAUUGCCCUGCAACUACUGUUGUUCGAGUUAAAACACUGCAUAUCAGUUCUCCUAUACUGGCUGCUCAAAGCCCUUUCUUUUUUAAGCUUUUCUCUAAUGGGAUGAGCGAAACAAAGCAGGGACAUGUCUCUCUCAGGAUUUAUGCAUCUGAAGAAGCUGGUCUCAUGGAGCUACUCAAAUUUAUGUACAGGAAUACUUUGAAUAUCACGGCAGCACCUGCUUUGCUGGAUGUACUUAUGGUUGCUGAUAAAUUUGAUGUGCCUUCAUGCAUGAGAUACUUGCUAAAUUUGCCCAUGACACCUGACUCUGCAUCACUCUACCUGGAACUUCCUCAUACUGUUAAUGCAAUCCAACCACUGAUUGAUGCGGCAAAGCAGUAUCUGGUUGGCAGAUACAGGGAAAUAACUGAUGACAAGUACAAGGAAGAGCAUAUGGCCUUGUCUCUUUCUGGAAUAGAGGCAAUAUUGGCUAGUGAUGGUCUCCAAGUUUCAUCAGAAGAUGGUGUAUACGACUUUGCAUUAAACUGGGCUAGACAAAAGUACUGCCGUUUGAAAGAAAGGCGAGAAGUUCUGGGUACACGACUUGCGGGUUUAAUUCGCUUCCCUUAUAUGACAUGUCAAAAGCUUGAGGACGUCUUAACCUGUAAUGACUUUGAACAUGAGAGUGCAUCUAAGCUUGUACUUGAAGCCCUAUCUUUGAAAGCGGAGGCUCCACAUUGCCAACGGCCAUUGGCAACAGAAGAGUCUAUUUCCUUGAACCGGCGUUUUAGGGCGAGGGCAUAUAAGCAGGUUUUCUACAUGCAUUUGGAGUGGGAGGAUUGUGUCAGUCUGUUCCCAUCUGGCCAUGUGUAUUCUGAGGCAUUCGAUUUUGGUGGACAGAUGUUUUUUCUAUCAGCACACUGCAACAUGGACAACAAUGGCUCUCAUUGCUUUGCGCUGUCUUUGGGACUGAAGGAAAAUUGCUCAGGAAGCAUUGAUGUGGACUAUGAAUUUGGUGCAAGGUUGAAGCCAACAAAGAAAUUUACUAGCCUGUACAAAUCCAAUUGCACAUUUUACGGAGGGACCCUUAUUGGCUGUAAAAACCUCUUUAAUGUUCCCUGGACAUCGUUCAUUGCGGAGAACGGUGUUUUCUUCUUUAAGGGUCGUCUCCACCUAGCAACCAAGCUCACUAUCACACAUUGACCCCUUAUUUCUUUAUUUCCAUUUAUGAACUAUUUAUUCUAGCAUAGCCUUGACUUUUAGCACAUUGAUUAGCUGCUGAUUUUGAUUUCUCAUUUUUUGUUAUACUGCUGGUGUUAGAAGUUUAACAUAGCAGCUGUAACAUCUGAACAUUUUUGAAGUUAUAAUCGUUGGGUUUUACUAUAACAAUCAAGUCAAAUUUAACAUAA